UCCCGUCGAUGUGCCUUUUUUUUUAGCGGCGGGGCGGCUCGGUGUCGGCGGGGACCGCGGGCGAGAGCGGAGACAGGCUGCGAGGCUGCUCUUCCCCCCUCCUUCCCUCCCCGGACCAACAGCCCGGCCGAGCCGCGGGGAGGAUCGCGCGGUCAAUUGGAUUCUAAAAGUUAUUGAAGCCCCGGAGCGAAACGCCGGGCGCGGCGAUAAUCGGCGCAGCCGGAACCCGAACCGGGGCGGGGAGCGCCGCCGGGAUCAUCGCCCCUCUCCCAGCCUCGCCGCCGGGAUCAUCGCCCCCCCCGAACCUCGCCGGCGGGAGGAGCUCCGGCAAACUUUGUCCGAGGGAGCCGCGGCGGUGCCGGUCCCCGCCCGGGGCGCCGAUGCCCUCGGAGCGCGCCGCCGGCCGGCUCUGAAGCGGUCCCCGCGGGCGAUGCGGGCCGGGGCGGGGGGCGGCGGCCCCUGGCUGGGGCUGGCGGCGCUGGCGGCCGCGCUGCUGGGCGCCCCCGCGGCGGCCGCGUCGCAGCAGCAGUACCACGGCGAGAAGGGCAUCUCGGUGCCGGACCACGGCUUCUGCCAGCCCAUCUCCAUCCCGCUCUGCACGGAUAUCGCCUACAACCAGACCAUCCUGCCCAACCUGCUGGGCCACACCAACCAGGAGGACGCGGGGCUGGAGGUGCACCAGUUCUACCCGCUGGUCAAGGUGCAGUGCUCGGCCGAGCUCAAGUUCUUCCUGUGCUCCAUGUACGCGCCGGUGUGCACCGUGCUGGAGCAGGCCAUCCCGCCCUGCCGCUCCCUCUGCGAGCGGGCUCGCCAGGGCUGCGAGGCGCUCAUGAACAAGUUCGGGUUCCAGUGGCCGGAGCGGCUCCGCUGCGAGAACUUCCCCGUGCACGGCGCGGGCGAGAUCUGCGUGGGGCAGAACACCUCGGAUGCUCCGCCGGGGCCCGGCGGUGCCGCGGGGCGAGGGGUCACUGCCCACCCCACGGCUGGCUACCUCCCCGAGCUCCUCACCCCGCCGCAGCCGCCCUCCGGCUUCUCCUUCUCCUGCCCCCGGCAGCUCAAAGUGCCCCCGUACCUGGGCUAUCGGUUCCUGGGGGAGCGGGACUGCGGGGCCCCCUGCGAGCCAGCCCGACCCAACGGGCUCAUGUACUUCAAGGAGGCGGAGGUGCGAUUCGCCCGGCUCUGGGUGGGCGUGUGGUCCGUGCUCUGCUGCGCCUCGACGCUCUUCACCGUGCUCACCUACCUGGUGGAUAUGCGCCGUUUCAGCUACCCGGAGCGGCCCAUCAUCUUCCUCUCGGGCUGCUACUUCAUGGUGGCAGUGGCUUACGCGGCGGGUUUCUUGCUAGAGGAGCGGGUGGUGUGUCUGGAGCGCUUCUCGGAGGACGGCUACCGCACCGUGGCCCAAGGCACCAAGAAAGAAGGCUGCACCAUCCUCUUCAUGAUCCUGUACUUCUUCGGCAUGGCCAGCUCCAUCUGGUGGGUCAUCCUGUCCCUGACCUGGUUCCUGGCUGCUGGCAUGAAGUGGGGCCAUGAGGCCAUCGAGGCCAACUCCCAGUAUUUCCACCUGGCUGCCUGGGCUGUGCCUGCCGUCAAAACCAUCACCAUCUUGGCCAUGGGGCAGGUGGAUGGGGACAUACUCAGUGGGGUGUGUUACGUAGGUAUCUACAGUGUGGACUCGCUACGGGGCUUUGUGCUGGCGCCCUUGUUUGUGUACCUCUUCAUUGGCACCUCCUUCUUACUUGCUGGCUUCGUGUCCUUGUUUCGCAUCCGCACCAUCAUGAAGCACGAUGGCACCAAGACGGAGAAACUAGAGAAGCUGAUGGUGCGCAUUGGUGUCUUCAGCGUCCUCUACACAGUGCCUGCCACCAUCGUCCUGGCGUGUUACUUCUACGAGCAGGCUUUCCGUGCCACCUGGGAGAAGACGUGGCUCCUCCAGACCUGCAAAACCUACGCCGUGCCCUGCCCCAGCCACUUUGCCCCCAUGAGCCCAGACUUUACGGUCUUCAUGAUCAAGUACCUCAUGACCAUGAUUGUUGGGAUCACGACUGGCUUCUGGAUAUGGUCUGGCAAAACUCUUCAGUCCUGGCGACGCUUCUACCACAGACUCAGCACUGGCAGCAAAGGCGAGACAGCAGUAUGAGACCCCCCCUACCCCCUCUGGCACGCACACACGCAUGCAUGCACACACGCAGAGGAGAGGGAUACUCAGCAGAAGGGGAAGGCUAUGGCUCCCUGAAGGGAGAGGAAGUGAGGCUUUUCCAAACUUUUUCUUCCUCCCAGAGAGUUUGAAAAAAAUAAACCAGUCUUUACGUAAAGGAUCAGAUGGACCGUGUCCAGUGGUGCUUAUGCCCAGCUAAGUAGAAGAGCACAGAAAAAGAAGCCCCUGGUGGGAUGGAAGUGUCCUUCACCCGCAAGAAGUCCCCUUACCUCUCUCUCCUGCUACCCCUGUGCAGAAAAAAAACCCACAACCCAACUGAAGCCAUCCUGCCUUGCUUAGGACAAGAGGGAGGGGAGGGCUGAUGCGUGGAGCUGCCCCUGAGCCACUGGGCCAGACUGAGCGCAGGCAGCACCGCAGCCAGCCCCAGAGCAGGAGAAACACCUCCACUCCCCAGCUCCUCUUCACCUCGGUGAUACCUGCUUUGGUUGGUUUAAAGUGAAAAUUCGGCCCUAGGUCUGGUGUUCUUGUUGCUGUGGGGAAGGAGGGGGUUGCUAUUCCACACCCUGAAAAGAAAUGACUUGUUGCUUUUCAGCAGAAGGCUUUUCCCCCUUGCCUUUGUUCUAGGAGACAAAGGGGGAAACAAAAGUGUUUUCUAUGUAGAAAGGCAUAAGCAUGGGAUCGUUUUUUAUGGGCAAACUAACAAAAAGAAGUCGUUGAGGUUCACCCUUGGAUGCGAGGAGCUCGCAGAAAUAAACAUUCCUUUUAUGAAAAAGGGAGAAGGCAGGAUGUUUUCUUACCGUGUCAGUAUGGGUCGCUUUUCUCCACUGAAGGAAAUGCAAGACUUGGAGGGCAAGAAGAGCCGAACCGAGAGCCCCUGCCAAAACAAGAGCCAUUGAAAUAUAUAACGUAAAGAUACGAUAUUUUUCUUUCCUUCCUAUAAACCUGCUUUCUCUCCUGCUUUGCAGUGAGCUCGCUGCAGGUAAAGUCGAUAUGCAGCCGGCUCUGGGGACAGGAGGAAUGCUUUUGGCUCAGGACGGAUCCCUUGCCUGCUCCCCAGGUUCCCUGAACUGCUGGUGCAGGAGGGGGCCAGGACUGGGAUUUAAGAGCAAGGAGGUACCACAAGUGAGGAGCCCACUCAUUUCAACUAAAAUACAGCUGCCUAAGUUUCCAGUGAUCACAUCUUGGAAGGAAAGACAUUAAAAAAUUAAUCAUCAAAUGCAUCGUUUUCUUUUUUAAAAUGUGACAGAUUUUUCUAUUCUGAAAUUUUCAUGUUGACUUGUUCAUAUUUUAUUUUUUGCUUACUACUUUACCUUUGUAGUCACUGAAGGGUUGUUUUUAUAAGUAUAUGUGUGUGUGUAUAUUCUUGCCUAAGGACAAAAUAGGAAGUUCUGGAUUUUUAGCAAGCCUCCGCCCUAUAGCUGCUCUUCAUUUUUGGGAGGGGGAAAGUGUCUGGAAUGAAACUUUAAAAAGAAAAAACCUGUUCAGAGUGAGGGGGCAGACUGCUGCUGUCUGAGGGCGUCCCAGUAGUCUGGGCAUGAGGAAUGGGCGCAUCGGCCAAAUCCUUCAGCAGAUCCGAUUUCAGAAGUGCAAGGCUUGGGUUUUUGUCUUUUAUAAUGUGCACGUGGAAGAAAAAGAAAAAAAACAAACAUGUAAGACAAGUGCAGUAUGUAUAUUUUGUAAAUCUCAUUUUUGUAAGAAAAUAUGUAUUUAUGUUUUUACUUGAUUUUUUUUUUUUAAGGUCUGUAUGAGGCCCUGCUUCAUCCCAUGUACAGAUCACUGAAUAAAUAAUUUUUAAUAC